AUGAGGAGCUUUACCAGGAGCACGGCCGACGAGGGAGGAGCCAGUGUCGAAAAUGUUUCGUUGGAAAAGGGCAGCAACACCUUCAGUAAAGCCGCCAUCCUAUCGCCAUUGCGCAAAACUGGCACCUCAGCAACAACAGUGACCAGGACUAUCAAGGCCUCUACACAACAGCUGUAUCAGAAAUACAUCCUCGAGCUCAUCUUUCAAGAAAAGGAACUUCCGCCUUCCAAAGACGGCCGACAUAUCCCAUUACGACCCCAUCAUGACACACCCCUGAUCGACGAACGGCGAGGGAGCGCAUACAUACCAAACACGAUUCGAACAUCCCGAUACACCGUAUACGACUUCCUACCGAAGCAGCUAUUCUUCCAGUUCUCGCGCCUGGCCAACUUCUACUUCCUCUGCGUCGGUGUGCCCCAAACUAUUCCGGGGGUCAGUACCACCGGAAACUUUACCACUAUUCUACCCCUGCUCUUUUUCGUCCUUCUUACCGUCGUCAAGGAGGGAUACGAUGACUGGAAACGCCAUCGACUCGACAAGGUGGAAAAUGCAAGAAGCGCGACCGUUCUCCGACCAAUAGGUUAUGUCGACAGUCGACAGGAUUGGCGGACUGGGUUUGGACUACGGAGAGAAAAGGAGAAGGACACAGGGGCUGUGGACGAGGACAUAUCAGACUCGGGAUACAAAUGGUACGCCACCCAAUGGAAGGAUCUGAAAGUCGGCGAUGUCAUCAAGCUCUCCCGCGAUGAGGAUGUUCCUGCAGAUAUCGUCUUGUUGCACGCCGACGGCGAAAAUGGUAUGGCCUACAUCGAAACGAUGGCCCUAGACGGAGAGACGAAUCUCAAGAACAAACACGUCUCCAAGGCUCUACAGCGUUGCAAUACCAUCCAAGGCAUUGCCAACUGCCAGGCCGAGUUCGUAGUGGAGGAUCCCAACCCAGAUCUCUAUCGAUUCGACGGAAGAGUAACAGUGGACGGUGAAACGUUGCCGUUAACUUUGAAUGAAGUGGUGUACAGAGGUUGCACGCUACGCAACACAACAUGUGCCAUCGGCAUGGUCCUCAACACGGGAGAAGAGUGCAAACUCCGACGAAACGCCGACCGACACCCCAAGGCAAAGAAGCCGGCCAUGGAAAAGAUCGCUAACAAGAUUGUCAUCAGCCUUGUUGUGGUGGUUAUUUCUCUUUCUGUCGGUUGCUCAAUGGGCUAUUUGAUCUGGAAAGAUGCCUACGAACGCAAGGCAUGGUAUCUGAAGCAUCUGGGAGUGGAGUUCCAGAAUAUCAUUAUCGGCUUUUUCAUCCAGUUUAACAACAUCAUCCCUUUAGCGCUAUACAUUAGUUUGGAGAUUGUCAAACUCGGGCAGAUGUGGAUGCUCAAUUCCGACCUGGAGAUGUACGACAAAGUGUCUGAUACACCGGCCAAGUGCAACACCAACACCAUUCUCGAGAAUUUGGGGCAGAUCGGCUACGUGUUUUCAGACAAGACUGGAACUUUGACUGAAAAUGUCAUGAAGUUCCGAAAGAUGAGCAUUGCCGGAACGACAUGGUUGCAUGAGAUGGAUAUUCUCAAGGAGCAGGAAGAACUAGGCCUCACUCAGACGAGAACCAAAGAGAAAGAGAUGAGGGUUAUGUUGGAACCGACCCCUGAAUACGAUGACGCGUUGGCAAAGACAACGACCGUCAUGUCAGUUCGCUCGCCGAACCCGCGUCGGUCAUCCUCACAGUGGCGGUCGACUGGUCGACCUGACCAUGUCCAACCAGAGGUCACAACUGAGGACCUCCUUGAGUACAUAAGAUUACGUCCAAAUGCCCCUUUCUCGAGAAGGGCAGUUCAGUAUAUACUUGCCAUGGCCCUCUGCCACACCUGCUUGCCGGAAGUUAGAGACGGGGAGAUUGAGUUCCAGGCCGCUUCACCGGAUGAGCUUGCGCUUGUCAAGGCUGCUCAAGACCUUGGGUUUCUCGUGGUCCAGCGUUCCUCCCACAAAGUCACGCUCCGUAUAUCGCUCGGCGAUGGCACAGAAAUGGAGCGCACCUACCAGAUCCUCGACGUUAUUGAGUUUAGCAGCAAGCGAAAGCGCAUGUCCAUCAUUGUCCGGUGCCCUGAUGACAGGAUAUGGUUGAUCACCAAGGGUGCCGACUCUGUCAUUCUUCCACGGCUCAGGAUGGCACAACUGGCAAAGCAAAAGGCCAACGAGGUCCGCAAAAGCUUGGAAGCCGAGCAUGAAAUGCAACGCAGGAGUGAGGCUCGAGAGCCACGCAACAGUUUUGGUGGCCGACCAAGUCUUACAAUCCGCCGCAGCAUUAAUCUGGCGAGACAGAACAGCAUCGCUGGACCUAGCAAGCGCCCAGUCAACAACCGCAGCAAGUCGUUUGAGGUGGGCAGAAUGUCACUGUCUGCACCAGAAGAUCGCCUCAGGCCCCAUAUCACCGUCCGCACAGCGUCCUAUGAUGUACCUUAUGAGGACGCUGCCGUGGCCUCAGUGCCAGGCAGGUUCGCAUUUCUUGACGAUCCUUCCGUGUGCGAUGAGGGUUCUAUCUUCGCUCGGUGCUUCAAACACAUCGACGAUUUUGCAACCGAGGGCCUUCGAACCCUUCUUUUUGCAGGUCGGUUUUUGUCUGAGUCCGAGUACAAGACAUGGAAGAAACUAUACCACGACGCAGAGACGAGUCUAGUCGAUCGUCAAGAGCGCAUCGAAGCGGCUGGCGAAGUAGUCGAGCAGACGCUGGACCUCAUCGGUGCCACGGCUAUUGAAGACAAACUUCAGAAGGGUGUCCCGGAGACGAUCGAGCGUCUUCGACGAGCUAACAUUAAGAUCUGGAUGCUUACUGGCGACAAGCGCGAAACGGCCAUCAACAUCGCCCACUCGGCUCGCCUUUGCCGUCCUACUUCCGAUAUCUAUAUCCUCGACGCCACGAAAGGAAACCUAGAAGGCCAACUGAUGGACAUCGUCGACGAGUUGAACAUCCGGGCCGAAACCAUGCAUACUGCAAUUCCCAACCACACCGUGGUAGUAAUCGACGGUCACACUCUUGCUGCUCUCGAUGAGCCAGAAACUCACGGCAACGCCAAAGAACUCUUCUACAACCUCAUCCCGACGAUCGACUCCGUCAUCUGCUGCCGCGCCUCUCCUGCCCAAAAAGCCUUGCUCGUCACCGCCAUCCGCAACCACUCCCAUCAACCGCUUACCCCCAAAAAGAAAGGCUUUCUCUCCUACAUCGUCACACCUAAACGAACAUCACCCCUGACUCUCGCCAUAGGCGAUGGUGCUAAUGACCUAGCUAUGCUCUCGGCCGCCCACGUCGGCGUAGGCAUCUCGGGUCGGGAAGGGUUGCAAGCCGCUCGAGUUGCCGAUUAUGCCAUUGCACAGUUCCGCUUCCUCUCCCGCCUACUGUUGGUACACGGAAGAUGGAAUUACGCUCGCACCGCCAAGUUCAUCGUCGCCACCUUCUGGAAGGAAAUGUUCUUCUAUCUGCCUACCGAGCUGUACCAACAGUACACCGGAUACACAGGCACCAGUCUUUACGAAUCAUGGAGUCUAACGGUGCUGAACACUCUCUUCACCAGUUUGUGCGUGAUUGUCCCCGGAGUGUGGGAACAGGAUCUGAGCGCGGAGACACUGAUGGCUGUGCCGGAGCUGUACGUCUGGGGCCAGAGGGACGGCGGGUUGAAUCUGAGGCAGUAUCUGGGGUGGAUGGUGGCGGCUGUUGCACAGGGUGUGGUGGUCUGGUGGGUGUGUUGGGAACUCUACGGUGGGAUUGCGGUGAAGGAUAAUGGUCUGUUUGCUGUGGGCAAUUUGGUCUUUACGGUCGCCAUUGUGUGGACUAACUUGAAGUUGCUCAUCAUUGACACCCAUUACAAGACGGGCAUAACCCUCGGUGCAUUCGGCAUCACCUUCGGAGGCUGGUGGAUUUGGCAAAUCUUCCUCGCCGGCGCUUACGCCCCGGGUGUCUGGCCCUACGCGGUCCGCGGUGGCUUCUUUUCCUCUUUCGGCCCCGAUCCAGCAUGGUGGGGUGCUUUCUUUGCGGCCGUUGGCCUGCUCACCGCUGUCGAACUCGGUUACCAAUCCAUCAAGCGGAACAUGAUCGUAUCCGGGCUAUGGAGGCUGGGAUGGAGGAAAUGGAUGCAGUGGGAGACAUGGAAAGGGCUCCUUGCACUCGGGAGAGGCGGGGCAGCGAGGGGAUCGGGGCCCAUGUGGGCUUGGGAUGAAGCGGGUGGUGAGGGCAGGAAUGUGGAGGAGUGGGAUGUGGAGCUUUGGCAGGCCCUGGAGAAGGAGCAGACCGUUAGAGACACCUUAAAGGGGAUGAGUAGGGUUGGGCAUGAGGGUGAUGGCCCCGAGCCUGAUGAAGAAAUAUCGGAGGAAGAGGGCGAUAAGGAGAAGAACAGGGAGGAGAGCCCAGUGACAGACUGCGAGAGACAGGAAGGGUCAGGCGUGGUGGUGGAGAGUGUGCAGAUCUCGAAGUAG